UGGAAGUGCAAAAAAGCGCAACAUCGCCCCCCUGGCCACCCAACAUACACGACUACAGACGGUGGUGACCCCAUGGAACUCCAGGCCCCCAGCGGCUCUGGGAACACAGUGAAAAGGACCCAUCAAGACCCCAUGUUCCAGAAAGACUUGGAGAAACUGGAGGAACCAACAAAAAAGGCUACGACGUCUACUGCCAUGCAGUUCAAUGCAUCACGGUUCUACGGAAGAAGGCCGAAGGAAAAUGUUACUUUGGUUCCUGCAAGUGGGAAUUUGUCCGACAUCGGUUCAUCAGACGACAGCCUUUCGGACGAUGAUAAUGACCCAGAUUACAUUCCACCAGUUGUUGGGACGACGAGUGUACUCAACACCGUUACUUCAAUUCCUGAUGACAGCGAUUCCUGUAGCGAGGAAACUGACGAUGUGAGCGCGCGACUGACACCCUGCUCAAGUGCGAAGAAGGGAAAGCCAUCACUGUUCCAAUGGAAGGAAGAGCACCUCGACAACUUUACCAAGAUGCCAGACGACUUCGAGGAACCAGAUGCCUUGGCAUCCCCCCUUACGUACUUAAAAAAUUUUUUUAUGAAGACCUCAUCAGGAUGAUCACAUCUGAAACAAAUCUCUACUCUGUACGGCAACUAGGAGUUUCUAUUGGUAAAACUCAUGAAGAACGUGAGCAGUUUCUCGGCAUCCUACUUCUCAUGGGUGUAGUAACCAUGCCUGCAUUUUCGGACUAUUGGAGUGAAGAGUUUCGCUAUCCCAUGAUAACGGACACCAUGCCCCUCAACAGAUUCAAGAAACUCAGGCGUCCGGUUCAUUUCGUGUCAGAAGAAGAUGCAUCCGACAAAUACGCCAAAAUCCGACCAGUGCUGAACAGAAUACAAAAGAACUGCUCCAGCAUUCAGCAAGAGCAUCAGCAGUCAAUUGAUGAAAUGAUUGUGCCCUACAAAGGAACCCGCGCUGGUAAGCUCCGCCAAUACAUAAGGAAUAAACCCCACAAGUGGGGUUUCAAGCUUUUCGCCCGUGCUGGCGUUUCAGGAAUGGUACAUGAUAUUUUGCCCUAUGCUGGAUCGGAUACAUUUUUUGCCACCACAUUCACGGAAGAAGAGGAGGCCCUCGGACUAGGAGCAAAAGUUGUUGUUGCUUUAUGUAAAACC